UCAUCCCUGGUGUGGGAUGACGUCAAAUUCAAGAUGGAUGGAAUCACGGCAGCAGGCGCGCGCCGGUGACCUGACGAAUUGCUGACGGAGAGAGAGAGUAUCCGGUCCCGGGGUUGGCCAAUCGGGGAGAUACAUUAUCACAAUGGAAGGAGGACUUCUACAUUACAUAAAUCCGGCACAUGCAAUUUCUCUCUUAAGCUCUUUAAACGAGGAGCGUAUGAAAGGACAACUUUGUGAUGUCAUUUUGAUCGUAGGGGACCAGAAAUUUCGCGCUCACAAAAACGUACUAGCUGCAAGCAGUGAAUAUUUUCACAGUCUGUUCACCGAUAAAGGCAAUGAGUCACAAAAUGUAUUUCAGCUAGACUUUUGUGAAGCAGAUGCAUUUGAUAAUGUAUUGAAUUACAUUUACUCCUCCUCAUUGUUUGCAGAGAAAGGCAGCCUUGCAGCUGUACAGGAACUGGGUUAUAGUCUCGGUAUCACCUUCUUAACCAAUAUACUUUCCAAAACCCCACAAGCACCCUUUUCUCAAUGUCCAAAUAAAAAGACUGCUUUUCAAGAGGAAGACGAAAAUGGAUCUCAACAAAGAAGUGUUAUUGUUUGUCAAAGCAGAAGCGAAUCUCAAAGUAGAGAUACUGGUCACGGGCAACCUGACAAAAGACAGUCUUGCAAGCCUCCAUCGUCUACACAAGGAAAGGCAGGUACUACUAAGCAACAUUCACGGCCAGCUGACCCAAUGAACAGUUUGCUACUGUCUGAAAGAAGUUGGAGAGGACUGCCCAAUGUCUCCAGUGAUCAAAGUUCAAGCGGUUGGUUGAAAAGAAAUGUCAAUUUGUCCAAAAAAUCAGAGUCUGAAGAUUCAGGAGAGGAUCAACCAACUUCAAGCGUGCCUUUUACAAGAGGAAGCUCGUCUGACAUGUUGAAGAAAAAAGUGGUACCUGGACCAUCCUCUGUUUGUUCAACGGAAUCACCUUACUCCUUGCAGAGAUCAGGAAAAGAAACCGUUCAGAAAAAAGAAGAGAGAAACCUUCUUUAUUACUCUAAACUAGGACUUGUUGUCCCUUCUGCUGAGUCAGCAACUCAAAGUAUUGAUCGUAGUGGCCCACUUGUCAAAAGUCUCCUCCGGAGAUCUCUGUCUAUGGAUAGUCAAGUCCCUACUUACUCACAAAAUGUUGGUUUGCAACCUUUACAGGGGGCACAACCAGUAAAAGACUCCUUAAAAGAGGAGGCAUCUACCCAAAGAGCAUCAAUAAAAGGAGAAGCAGACAUGCUAGAGAUUGCACAGGAGAAUGCGGCCCAUAUAAAGUCAUUUAGAUUCUCUCGGUCUGCUUCUUUGGAGGCUGCAUUUGAAAAGGAUGUACACAUAAAAACAGAGCCCAGAAGCCCUGCUUCUGAACCAUCAGAAAUAAUCAGGGUUACCGUAGGAGAUUCUUCACAAGUAAAGAAUAGGGAUUUAAAUGCUAAAUCUGUGGCAAGCCCUAAUUUAAGCCGACCCCAAGCAAAAAGAAAGUCCCAUCCUGAAAGAAGAACAUUACCUUCAAGAAGAGUAAAGAUGAAACAAAACAGUUCUCCAGAGUACAAUGCCAACUUUGAAGGACCCACCCAUCCUUAUGAGGAUUUCUCAGACUCCGAUGACAGCAAAGAGGUUAGCAGUGAAACACAGGAAAUCAGGCAAAAUCGAAAAUUUAAAUGCAAGCAUUGCCUUAAAAUAUUUCGAUCAACUGCUGGCCUUCACCGUCAUGUUAACAUGUACCAUAACCCUGAAAAACCAUACGCUUGUGAUAUUUGUAACAAACGAUUUCACACAAAUUUUAAGGUGUGGACACAUUGUCAGACACAACAUGGAAUCAUAAAAAAUCCAUCUCCCUCUUCAAGCGCUCAUGGAGUUUUGGAUGAAAAAUUUCAAAGAAAAUUGAUUGACAUUGUCAGAGAACGAGAGAUCAAAAAAGCACUAAUAUUCAAACUGCGUAGAGGAAAAUCGGGUUAUCAAGGAUCUUCAAGUAGUCAAGCACAAGCCCUAAAGAGAAGUCUAAGGUCAAGAGCCAAAGCCUCCUUUAUUUGUAACUACUGUGGGAAAUCCUAUCGUUUUCUCUCUCAGUUUAAACAGCAUUGUAAGAUGCACCCAGGGGACAAACUAAUGUAUGGAAAUAAGGCGUUAAGGUCUAAAGAACCUACGCCCCCGAAGAGUCCAGUGGAAAGCAAAGAUGUAUUUCACUGCCGACUUUGCAAUACAAAAUUGUCAUCUUUUGUUGAACAAGGUAAUCAUGAACGGAUGUGUAGGAAUGCAACGUUGUGUCCAUACUGUAGUCUUCGAUUCACUACCCCUGAGCUGAAAACCGAACAUGAAACCAGGUGUGAAUAUAAAAAGCUCACAUGUCUUGAGUGCAUGCGUACAUUUAAAUCGUCUUUCAGCAUUUGGCGUCAUCAGGUUGAGGUUCAUAAUCAAAACACGAUGGCUCCAACAGAAAACUUGUCUUUACCUCUGAUCGAUCGAAAUGGAGAAAUAAAUAUUUCACAAAGAAGACUGUCUUUACCAGAAUCUAGCAAAAUGAAUAACUUCCUUGCUUCAAAGGAAGAUGGUGUUUACAGCGACUCAUCUGAACAUAUGAACUUUGAUUCUGAGGAUUCUAAUUGUCUUCCUGAAGAUCUGAGCAUUUCAAAAAGAUUUCAGAUCAAGGAAGAACCUUCAGAUGAUAUGGAAAAUGAUCCCGACUCCAGCUAUAGACCUAAAGAAGGCAUGUCCGACUCUGAAGGUGGCAUGUGGUCAUGUGAGAAAUGUGGAAAAAUUUUCACUGUCCACAAGCAUUUGGAACGACACCAAGAGCUUCUAUGCUCUGUCAAACCUUUCAUUUGUCAUGUGUGCAACAAAGCUUUCCGCACAAACUUUCGCCUUUGGAGUCAUUUUCAGUCACAUAUGUCACAAGGUGAAGAAUCUUCUUUCAAAGAACCAGAAGCAUCUGCUCCUGUGAGCUCCCCAUCACCACCACCUGUUCCCCCACCACCACCACCUCUGCCUAAAAUCCAGCCUAUAGAACCAGAAAGCAGUACAACAUUUCCAGAGAAAAGGAACACUCCAGAAAAAAGGUUUUCUCCUCAAGAGUCUGACAGCCUCUUCUACCAUGCCCCACCGCUUUCAGCCCUGACAUUUAAACGACAGUUCAUGUGUAAACUUUGUCACAGGACCUUUAAAACUGCUUUCAGUUUGUGGAGCCAUGAGCAGACACACAAUUAAAGACCUCUGAUCCCUGGUGCUAAACUUCAAAAUAAGAUAUUAUGUUGUUGGAAAUUGUAUCGGCACUUAGCAGAGCAUCUCGAAAGCAUUUGACACCUGAUUUUAGCUGAGUCUGAGUAUUAAUGGAAACUGCCUAAUGAUUCUUUGACGUUUGUGACUUAGUCAACAUGCACGAAUAGGUACCAACCCUGCUCUCUCAGUCCAUAAUCUAAAAACAAAAAAUAUAGAAUGCUUUUCUGUUUCUAGGUUGAUCUUGUGCAAGGAUUUUGGUUUUGAAGUUACUGGAUGGGAACCUCCCAUCUGCCGCUAGUUUGGACUAAAUGGUUUGAUUAAUGAUAUAAUUCAUGAUGAUGGUUUUUUGUAUUAUUAUUAUUAUUCGUUAUCUGUAGCAAUAACAAAUAUGGGAAUCUUAACUUUUGAAUAGUAUAUUGCAAACCUGAAAAAGAAAACGUUUGUUAAAAAUGUGAAAGACUGAAUUGUUGGUUGGUAUUUGGCUUCUCCAUAUUACACAUUUUAUGUAAUUUGUGAAAUGCCUAGUUAGUUAUGUACCAUAAUGAAGAAUGUUUGUUUCAGUUUAUUUCCAAGUGAUAACACAGUUGUUCAGUUCUUCGGCGAAGAAAACGUUCCUACUUUUUUUUUUUUUUUUACCAUACAUCUCUAUACUUUUUUAGUACUGUACAACCUUGACAUCUUCAUCCCUGUCUUUACAUGUGUUUUUUUUGUUUUGUUUUUUUUUAUCUACAAAAUGGGUUGAAUAAAA